UUCUUUUUGGAUUGCUCGCAAGCCAAAAGGAAUCUAGCUGGGUAUCGUAGCCAACAGGGUACACAGCAUCAUCUAAUAGCUAGAGGAGGCGGGGUCUAGAUUUGGGAAGUGAAGCCGGCAUAAGGCCAGGCUUAGGAAAAGAAAGGAAAAACUCAGGACGAUUUUCCGUGGGAUCAGGGGCGACUAGUUGUGAAUUUUUGAUCAAAGCAAACGCUCUCAGGGCCAGCAGAGCAAAAGACAUCACGCUGAACAAGGAACGUUUUCUACAGCAGGCGCAGUCGGCUGUCUCCGUAACUGCGCUGCGCAGCAUGAUGUGAUUGAAUCGAAUCAUUCGAGGAGAGCUAAACAGUUGAACUCUAUGAUUGCUUAUACAAGAGUCCACUUUUACCAGUACAACCUUCUACGCCUCUCAAGGACAAGAGGGAACAGCGUAGAUCGCCAGGUCGGUUACACAUGCACGAAGGAUGGCCAACUCUUUCUUUUACACUUUGCUGGCAUGAUCAAUCAUACUCAAAAUGGCCGCUUUGGAGACUUGCGCCGGGUCCUGCACAUUUUGCUUCAACAGAUCAAUCAACACGCGAUGUGCCAGCUGUUCAUCCGUUACCUUGGUGGUACUUCCUGUUUCAUUGACAAAGACAGCCUUUUGCGAUUCUCUGACACAGGCAUCGACCCUCUUUUGAUACUCGUUGGGUUCUGUUUCCAUCAGAGUUUUGGCUUCUGGAUUGGCCGAUGCAUCUUUGACGGUUUUGGCAUAGAAAAUCUUUUUGAGAAAGGUGAGCACCGUGACCAAAUAGUGUCGUGUAGGAUCCCAGGAGGGAUAGGUCGAUUUGAUAUCUAGCUGUCCCGUCUUGGGGUCGACGUAAGGAUUAAAUACAUGAGACGAAAAUGUAAUUUCGGGCCACAUGUUGGCAUCGUUGUAUCGCGGAGGCAACCGCAGUUGGAACUUGAAAAUGCCGUUGGUAAAGUGGCCUCGGCGGACAAAGAUGAUUCCAAAAAAGUGCCUCAAAUCGUUCAUGGAGGGGAUCAAAUAGACUCCUCCGGGUGCAUGGCUUUUGAGGUGUUUGUACUCAAUAGUAACUUUGUAGUCACGUAGAGCUUGCUCUCGUUCUUCCUGUAAUCGCAAGGACAUGGGGUAAGGUACUACUUUCUGGUGCUGUUGACGACGUCGAAUACUAGUGUUACGACGUCGAUUAUUGUUCUCAGAAGCUUUCUCAGGAUAAUCACGAUACAGAAUCGGAUCCAUGGUGAUUGACCAGAGUGCGUUGAACAUGAUGGAAUGAAUCGACUCUGGUCAACCAACAUUUCUAUCCAACGUUACAUACAACGAAGAAAGAGACAAGGUCGACACAACCAACAACAACGAAGACACUCCGACAGCCGUGGGUAACAACGUUUCCACUCACCUCAGAAGCAAUAGGCGAACGCGCCUUUAAGGAUCCUCGCGCUCCAGGAGACUUUGCCGGUGUCUUGCUCAUGGUAAAGGAUGGCUUUCAAUACAAUAGAUAGCAAGACAGGUUCUACGACGAUAAAUUCCUCUUGCUCAUUGUGCCGACGGCGUUGCGGUUUUGCGGUGUCUCGAUCGUCCUUUCUCUUUUUCAAGUCACGUUCGGGAUUAAAAUUUGCAAAAAGACGCACAACGACUCCGACUUUGAGAGAGCCGUUGGAACCGAGGAUGAUGCUGCUGUCGGUGCUCUCGUCAUUGUGGUUUAACAUGUUAGCUUAUAGAUGGGGUAAUUUGCUUCUAAUGAAUGCUAAUGUUGACCUCAUCUACCUGACAAUUCCUUUGCACGAAAAGAGCACGAGGCUUCCUUUUUAUGGGAGGCACUCCGCAAAGCCAAUUUUUGACCAAGGCGAAGGCUGGUAUCGUUGCCUCGGAUCAUCAGCAGCGGGUACGAAGCUAUUGGAAUAAGAUAGCUUUGUCAGCUAUUUGGUGUGUAGUGUUUUUUGGGCUCUGGCCAGCUAGUAGUGUUCUCGCUGUAUAGAUAAGUGUAUUAGAGUGUUGGAGCAGAGCCAACAUGAGUGAACAUAAUGAACGGAAUGCUGAGAUUUGGUCUACUCGGGUGCAGCGAGAGCUAUUGGCCCUGACCACGGAGAAUGCACCCGAACAAGACAAGAAGGACACGCAAGGUGUCUUGCCUCCAUUCAUGACUGUGAAGGAUCAUCAGCUGGACAUUGCUGCUGGAACGUGUGUCGUGUCAUUUUUGGUGGAAAUUGUUGGUAAGCGAAAGAAGAGGCCACCUAUUUCUCCAAGAGUUACGGAUGAGGAGACGCCAGCUGCCCAAGAAACUACACCAACCGAAGGAGAUAACGGAGAGGCGGAUGAUUCCAAGGCGGUUGUGACAAUCAAGUUGGACGCCUCCUUGGUGAAAAAGGCAGAUGGAACUCUAGAUACUGCAGCUCCUGCAUACCCAUUUUUGCCUCCUCGGGCUCUCAUGGCAGAAGGCGCGUCGUGCUUUCCAGAAGGUUCCACCAUUCAAGAUGGCGAUCCUGUUGCCAUUGAUUGUGACUGGACGCCUAGUCUACACUUGUCGGAUGCUGUCCUCAACAUUGGACUCAAAAUCAAAGAAAGUAUACUGCAACAAGAACCAUUCCAUCCCCUCGCCGAGGUGGAAAUGGACCCUAUCUUGGAGGAUGUCAUGUCCAGUGCUCGUGCCAUUGGAGAAAAGGUCGGAAGGAGCUUUCGGGGCUUUAGUUUCAAAGCGCCGGACGCAACGCAAAAGCAAAAGAAGAAAAAACCCGCAAAAAAGAAGGAAACACCUGCUGCAGCUCCUGGGGAGGUCCGCAUUGGAGAUGAAAUCAAUCUACUCGAGCCACCGUGGGUCGAAUCUCAGGGAAUUUAUUCCUGUAAAGCAGUGCGACGCCCCGAAUUUGUUGAAGCCGCCAUCCAGCAUGCUGCUCUCGAGAGCGGGGAACAGGCUUCGUCGGGGGCUGCUUCAAUGUUCCGUAACUUAACACAAUCUGCAAAGAACGUUCUUCAGGAAUCGUUCAUUAUGAUCACGGAAACCCACAUCAUCGAGAUGACUUCGAGCAAGCUGAACUUGAGCACGGGAAAAAUCACAUUUGCCAUUCCCAUCGAGCUCAUGGCAAAGCUCAAAUUCCGAAGACAAGAGUCCAUUUCCUUGUUCUUCAAAACUGCUCCCAAUGAUCCCCUCAUAUACAUGUGUCCUGAUAGUGCCGAUGCUGUACAUCAAAUCCAGUCUGUUUUGAAACGACAUGGUGUCAAAGGCAAGCACACCAAUGCGGCAGCGCAUAGAGCCAUCGGUGAGGCUUUGCAGUUGGUUCAGGAAAUCCAAACGAAGGAAUUGGCGUUGCGGCACGAUCCCACUGUGGAGCGCGUUAAUGAGAUUAUGGAUCUGUAUCGCCAGGCAGCAGAGCGCUUUGAGGCAGCCGGGGAUGUAAGACAUGAGGAGGUGGUUACCCACAUGCGAAAGUUUCUGGCGUUACCAGUGACAACCAGCAUUCUCGAUGGAAGUUACAAGAAGGAAGAGGCGAAUCCCGACAAACCCGCCAGAACUUCUUCUUCUGAUAUCCCCGAAGGCGAGGUAUUGGAGGCUUCAAGCGUCUUGCUGAAUGCCAGUGAGGAAGAUGAGGCUGGCAAGGAGAGCAAAGAAGACGAUAAAGACUUUGAAGCUAGCAUGGAGAGCAUCAUGAAAGAAGCCAAGGAGGACCUGUCAAGCUUUUUGGACGACGAUGUGGGUGGAACGACUAUGCCUCCAACCCCUCCAAAAUCUUCAGGAAGCGAUUCUGCAGACGACAUUGUCGACGACGCGUUUGCAGAUCUCGAUGCUAUGUUGAGCGAAGCUGAUAAGGAGCUUGCAGAGCUUAUGGGUUCUUCCUAGAUAAAUGAACAGUACUAUACAAUGAUCACAGAGGCUACCGGUAUGUGGCCAAGGCACAGGAGUCAGGAUACAACAUUGUUCUGUAGUAAAGCAACUCUCAUAGAACAGAAGAUUGAAUGAAGAAAUCCUAUCUAGCCAGCCAUAAUUUUUGGAUUGCCGUAUUGUAUUAUAGCAUCGAAUCACAAUUCUGUAGAAUCGUGGCAUCAAAUUGUGUAAUGCUAAAGAAUCGAAUCUAGGUUGUCAAAUCAGUAAAAUAAGACCACUGGAAUGCGUAGAAGCACAGAAGUCAUUCAGCUACCGUA